AUGGCGGACCUCCCAACCGAUCGACUAGAACCAGCGCCCCCCUUUACUCAUUGCGGUGUAGAUGUUUUCGGGCCUUGGACCAUCAAAGAGGGCAGAAAGGAGAUUAAGCGAUGGGGAGUACUGUACACCUGUCUUGGAAUGAGGGCAAUACACGUUGAGACGCUUAAUUCCAUGUCCACAGACUCCUUUAUCAACUCGUUGAGACGCUUGAUAGCUGUCCGCGGCGCUGUACAACUUAUUAGGUGUGAUAACGGUACCAACUUCGUAGGAGCGAAAAACGAAUUAGAGCAGGCUUGGUCAGAAAUGGAUUUUGACCAAAUACGGAAAUACUUGCUGAAAGAAGAAUGUGAUCUUGAUUUCCGGAUGAAUGUUCCCCGGGCUAGCCAUCACGGAGGAGUCUGGGAACGCCAGAUACGCUCAGUACGCAACGUUUUGGCAGGGAUGCUGUUACAUGAAGGAACACAGCUGGAUGAUGAGUCACUACGCACUCUAUUGUAUGAGGUGAUGGCCAUCGUCAAUGGGCGCCCUCUCACUACAGACAAUCUUUACGAUCCUACCUCACUGCAGCCGUUAGUACCAAAUCAGUUAUUGACCAUGAAAUCUCGGGUGAUCAUUCCACCACCAGGCACCUUUCCACGAGAGGACCUACUUCUAAAGAAAAGGUGGCGCCGCGUGCAACAUCUUGCAAAUCGCUUCUGGUGCCAGUGGCGAAAGGAGUAUGUCAAUAACCUGCAAGAACGGCCAAAAUGGAAUCAGGACGUGCGCAAUCUCAAAGUCGGUGACAUCGUCAUCAUGAAAGAUGAUGAGCUACCUCGCAAUCUCUGGAGGCUAUGUAGAGUAGCAGCUGUCGUGGUGGACGAGGACGGUCAUGUCCGUAAAGUCCGUCUUGCUGUAGGAGAUCGCGCUCUGGACAAAAAUGGAAAACGUAUUCAAGCCACCACUUAUUUUGAAAGACCUGUACAGAAGGUUGUGCUGAUUUGUGAAGGAGACUAG